AUGUCAUACACUCAGGAUGAGGAUGCAACGUUAGCUCUCUCCUCUGUCUCAGGCAUUCUCUUAAACGUCCUUAUACCACUUCAAUCCAAUGCCAUUGACCCAGUUGAUAUAGACUCGCCAGAAGAUUCUGAAUUCGAGAAAUCCCUCUGUGCUGUAUGGGAUUUGUCGAGUAUUCAUGACUACGCAAGGAUUUUCAUCAAUGAAGCACAGGUGCAUCGGAUGGUGUUAAAGGCAAUUAGUAUUACACAGAGGGUGAGGACGGAAGAAUUGGCUAUGGGAAUACUGGCAAAUGUUGCUUGUUUUGAGGAUACGGCGAUUGUAAUCGUUAAUGAUGAGGAUGUGACGACGGUGCUUGGGAGAAUAAUUACUGGGAGUGCAGACGGAAGGGUGCUAGUUGAAAGCCUAAGACUCCUGAGGAAUUUGUUAACGAAUUGUUCUAACAAAUACCGAAUAAUUGUUGCAGACAUUAGUUCAUAUUCAAUCAUCAAUCAAAUACUCUUCUUCAUAUACAACACAAUGAAUACCGAGUUGCUUUCAUCUGCAAUAGGAACCAUGAAACUACUCAUAUCCACUCAACCUGAAUUGUUUAAUAAUAAACAGGAAGAACUGAAUAAUCUAUUUCGCUGGAUAUGCGAUAGAUUGGAUUCAUUGGAAUUCACAAAGGAGACGAGUAGCACUAUUAUAAGUUUUGUUAUCGAAUUGGUUGAUACCGACGCAAUUGAGCAUACCAAAGAUGACGUAUCCAAAAUAUUUAAAUAUUAUGAGAAAGUACGUCACGAGUUCUUGGAUGAUGAAGAGAUAACAAACAUGGUGAAAGGCAAAGACAAAACAUUUAGGGCCAGAAAGCAAGUUCCGGAAAAAACACAUCAACAUCGUCUCCAAAGAUAUGCUGAAGUUACUCUCGGAUCAGGAAAUUUGAAAUUGGCGGUCCAGCUACCUGAGGGAGAAGACUUACGAGAGUGGCUUGCUGUUCAUACUUAUGAUUUUUACAACCAGAUUAACAUGUUAUAUGGAAUUAUCACUGAAUACUGUACUCCGCAACGAUGUCCCGUCAUGUCGGCUGGAGCAAGGGUUGAAUAUCGAUGGCAAGAUAACAAGCAUUACAAGAAGCCAACUACUGUUUCAGCUCCGCAUUACGUUGAUCUCCUUAUGAAUUGGAUACAGGGGCAAUUAGAAGACAACGAUGUCUUCCCCAGCCAAUUAGGCGCUCCAUUUCCUAAGAAUUUCUCAUCCAUAGUAAAGACAAUUUUCAGACGUCUAUUUCGAGUAUACGCUCAUAUAUAUUGUCAUCAUCUGGAAGCUAUCCAACAGUUGAAUGCCGAACCACAUCUUAAUACCAGUUUCAAACAUUUUAUGUACUUUGUUUAUGAAUUUAAGCUGAUGGACAAAUCAGAGAUGCAGCCAUUAGCUGAAAAAAUAACCAAUGUUCUCGGUGAUGAAUAUGUUCUCACAUGA